CUUCCCGUGGAUGUGACGAGUGCGGCUCUGCGGAGUCAAACAAUAAUAAGCUUAACCACUUCCAUUGGCCGAUGGCGGCAAUUCGUCUGCCUUGCCGUUGAUUUGAUCUCGAGCACUCUCCAAGAGUUGCUUUUCGCAAGCCCAAACCGACCCAUCCCGGGAAGACCCCCCCGCAGUUGCCCGUCAUGUCGAAUUUCAGGCGAGCUCCUCAGGGCAGCAUCUUGAGCGCCCUGCAGGCGACGACCAUGUUGGACUCGAAGCCGGUGCUGCCCGCCGAGAUACUGGCCACCAUAUUGGACUACCUGCCAGUGGCGGAUCUUAUCCGCUUUGCACGAACCUCCAGGCGCAUGCGGGAAAUGGUAUAUGACGACACAAGAUGGGUUCCACGAUUGAAGAGCAUGGGAUUGUGGAACGAGGCCGAAGCGAGGCAGAGAUUCGAAGACGCCAUGAAGCGGAGACGGGAAACGAUAAACGGCGGCGCAGGCCCCAAUGCAACAGCAGCACAGAACGAAGCGAAUACCACCAUCUUCGACGCAGCGGUAGAGGUCGAGCGACGGGAGAAGGCAGCGGAGGAAGCGGCGAGGACUCCCGUGACCACUUCCCCACGAGUCGACGGCUUCGAGACGCUCUCCCUGAACGGCGCACAGUCAAAGUCACCAUAUGAAGACCCAGAGGCGCUGCUAGGAGUAUUGAAAUCUGUUAAGAGUAUACGAGGUCAUGCCCGGCAUGAAUAUGGCAGGGUAUAUGGCGCGUUGGGUCCAUUCUAUUUUGACCUCGUCAAUGCGAGAAGUCAUACAGAGCCCAUCGUCUUUCAAGUGUUUCGGGACCCAGAGCGCCAGGCCCAAAUGCUGAACAGCCUGUCCACCUUUGCCAAGAGCGACUGGGCACAAGGAUGGCAUGAGCGUGAGGAGAAAUUGUCCGGUAUGGCCAGUGUCUUCGAGAGCGCCGUCUUGCGGGAGUUCGAACAAGGGUAUGAGUUCUGGGACGUUGAAGGGCGAAUGAAGAGAUACGCUCACGUCCUCCACUUUCUAAACGGCGGUCACGCUGCCAUGGAACUUUUCGUCUCAAAACACCCGCUGUUGAACGAUCGAGAGCUCCUGGCCAAUUCUCUUGACUGCAUCGGUCAUGCGUCUGUGGAGGAAAUCACACUUGAACCUUCACGGCAGUUUUUUGAGGCAUUGGCCAGGAAAGCCAACGAGCAAACAGCCGUUGUCAAACAGAUUUUUCCAAAUCCAACUGAAGUGUUCUGGCUCUUGAUGGACAAGCUUCGUGAAGAUGUCGUCACCGAGUACUGCAACUCUCUGCUCGAUGAGCUGCACAGAAGGAACAAAGCGUCCUACUUAAAGGCUGUCUCGGGGUUGUUCGAGCAAUGCUUAGCAUUUGCCCGAUCAUUACGCCCUCCUUCGGGAUCGGCGGAAGAGCUCGAACAGCACGCAAAAGAAAUCACGCUCCAUGUUUUUGAACAACACUUCGACCUAUAUCUCCAGGAUGAACUUGAUUUCUUUACGCAACACGCGGAGCGAGAAGUAAACAAUUGGGACCAGCGUCUGUCGGAGCAGGAUCUCACGGCUGAGUCUUUCUAUAUGAGCAAUUUCAACAGGAGGGCCGAUAAGAACGACUUUCUCAGCUCGUUCAGGAAGGUCGUCAUGAUGCCCGUCACAGUUUUGCCGUUUGGUGGUUCUACGAAACCGGCUUCGGCACCCAAUAAUAGAAGUAGUGUCCCGCCUGGGGCCUUGUCAGUCCCUGGAUCUCGUCCAGAGACACCAGGCCUGAGUAACCCGUUAGAACGAAAAUCGAGCCCCUUACCCCCGGAAGCACCAACUGAUGAACUCAAAGCGAAGGCCGCCUUGAUGGCAAGCCGACUGGAAGGCAUCAAGACGCUAUGUAGUAUCGAAGUUGCACUUGAUCUUGUGCAUGCCGCCAAAGUCAGCCUGGGACGAGCAGCAAUGUUUGUGACCCUGGGCGGGCAGGCCGGCGGAGAAGCCAAAGAGCAAUGCGAGGCUAUCUUUGUUUCUUUACUCAAGACUUUGGGUCAAACACACGUCAAGUAUGGCUUCAUCAAGGCUGUGGAGCACUUGUCCCUCUACAACCCCAGGGAGGUCAGCGACCACGGCCAAGCUGGUGUGGCGCCAUUAGUCACUUUCAUCGAGCUUGUCAAUCUGGGCGAUCUCAUAUCUCAAAUGAUUGAGGUCUUCUACGAGCAGCAGCUUGCUCAACCAAAAAUCGCAGAUCGCAACGACUUCCUCGACCCCGCUGGCCUCGCAAAGAAGAAGUUUGAACAGAUGUUGGACGAAAGCGUCGCAGCAGGCCUAAAUAAAGGUAUCGAUGUGCUCAUGGAUGAGGUAGAGUAUCUCUGUGCCACAACACAACUACCAACAGACUAUAAUCCAGCUCCACCGUCGGAAGAGAAGGGUGGGAUAGUUCGAGAUUUCGACAUCGGACCAACCCAAACCGCGAAGCGUAUCGUGGAACUCGUCUCGUCGCAUACGAACAUGCUUGUCGGUAGUACCGAGAAGACCAUGCUUGACGUAUUCAACGGCGAGGUUGGCUUGCGUCUGUUCACCGCAAUCUGUAAACACCUCAAGAGGCAGCGUAUCAGCACUGAAGGAGCGAUCAAGUUAAUCGCAGACAUGAACCUAUACUUUGAAUAUAUCCGCACCCUCAGGAAUCAAGAUCUACUGGCAUACUUCAAGGCGCUUAGAGAACUCAGCCAGAUCUACCUCAUCGACAGCAAGCAUGCGAAAGAAAUGGCAACUGUCAUCGCGGACGGUGAUAAAUUCGGUGGUAUUUUCAGGGCCGAGGAGGUUUACGAAUAUGCUCAGCGCAGAGCCGAUUGGUACCAAAUCAAGCGGGAUGUCGAAAGAGCCAUGUAUGGCCUGGAAUGUAGCAUCAUGUGAGACGAAUUCAUGAUCAAUACGAAACAUAGUUGAAGAUGCAGAGUCGGGGCCUUAAGUCCCCACAUAUGAUUCAAAAUUUUAUUGCGCACCUUCAACACGACAUGAGGAAAACAUAUUACUCAUACCAAAGACAGGCAUAUACGCACUUGGUGUCAUGUCUGCUUUAGUUCUGGACCAAUCUAAUUUCACUCGGUUGUCAGUCUGGAUGCGAGCGCCUGCUCCGUGACUGCCGCGUCUUGAAGCAUAGCAUCGUUCAGUGAUGUCUGCCGAGUUAUAAAAUGAUGAAAUCGGAACUGCACGGGGAAGACGAGCUCGAGCUUCCUGGAGGGGGCGAGUGUGCUCUUCCGAGUGCUCCCGGGACAUAGAUUCCGGCUCGGGGACCGGCCAAAGUCGAAGACAAUGUUGGUUCUCACGUACAACA